AUGGAAGUUAUCCAUAAUACACACCAGCAGCUCGCGAUCGGGAUAACGUCCGGUCUCCUAUUUUUGACGACCUUAGUUGUCGCGAUACGACUGUACAUCCGAUGCAUCUUGCUGAAAGCUGGCUCGGCUGGUUGGGAUGAUCUCACUGUCAUGGCACUUGGUGCUUCUAUUGCUACGUAUUUCGAAAUCAACUCAGGCCUAGGACGACACAUCAACGAGCUCACCAAAGACCAAAUCCGGAAUUUCGAGUUGUCGCUUUUCAUUGUGAUUCAAUUCUACAGCGUGGGCCUCAAUAUUGUCAAGAUAUCCUUUUUAAUCCAGUUCUACCGAAUUUUUCCCGACCGAAGAAUCAGACAAAUAUGCGUUUACUUCUCUUUUUUCUCUUUCCUCUGGAUGAUUGGACAGAAUAUUCUAUACGCGCUUAGUUGCGUUCCAACGACUGGUGUGGUGAAUAACCCCCAUCUGAACGAGAUUUGCGUUCCAACGCUCCCAGUCUACCUGAUCAUCUUCUCAAUUCCCAUGCGGCCUCUCUGGAUGAUGCCCCUACUCCAGCGUCAGAGGUAUCUGCUCAUCGGAAUCUUCUGCUUCGGCUUCAUAGUCGUCAUCAUCUCAAUAGUACGCAUACCAACACUACGCCAUGGCGCCUCAUCCCCAGACCCGACGUUCACCAAUGUACAAACCGCUUUGUGGUCGCUCGCAGAACUAGAGACUGCUAUCUUAUGUACCAGCCUACCAAUUCUUCGGCCGAUCGUAGCACGCUUCAUGCGUGGCGUUGCGCCUCCUGACGCGGCGGAUGGCCAGAUGAAAGGCCCUCAUGGACAAGUCCAGAAUAUCGAGGAAGUCCGGCGUGGCCCGAGGCAGCUACCUGGCGAAUCGCUGCUUAUACCGACGGAGAUGACCGGAUCUACGUUGAAAUCUGCUACACAACAGUUCAAGUCAAAAACCAGCACGAUCGAAAAGGAAAUUGGUCCUCCACCUUUACCACUUUCUAUACGAGACAAGUUGCCACUCCGAGCGACCGAGGGUGAUGGACGACAGCUUCCUAGCCCACUGGGCUCAAAUCCACCUGAUUCGAUCAAAGACGUCGAGUUGAGGUCUUCGGUUGGGCCCUUGCGAUCGCCAACUUAUGACCAAAUGGUGCCGCCUCACAUUCUGGAGAAUGGGGCGUUCAAACCCAAAGCCAAGAUGAUUACGAGAAGUACUCAGACCUUCAUCACAUGGGAUCCUCUCGUGGAUCCAUUCCAAGUUCCAGAAGCAACUGAGGUGCUGGCUGUAAGAGAGAUAGAUCUCGAGGCAAACAGGGUCGAAAUAAGAUUGGAAAAGCACGCAAAUGGCAUCAGUGAGGCGCAGGAGACAAUUUCACCACUGGCGUCUGAUGCCGAGAAUCACCGCGACAAUCCCGAGACUCGAAGCGUGGCAAGCCGGUCGACUCGAGGCAAUCGCAGGGUUGCUGGUAUGUCGUGGCUGCGGUUGUCGGGCGAUUCUGGGUUUAACAGUUCGAGAUAUUGGGAAAAGUAG